CGAGUGAGAGGCUGACCUCAUCAACGAGAGGGUUCAUGAAGCAGACCGGGAACGGCGAGUCUGGCAACAAACACGACCUUGGGAACAGCAUCUCUGAUUUCUUGUUCCCGUUGACAUUGUGAUUUGCUGAGGGGUCUAAGAGACACAUUCCUCAUUAUGGCCAAGAAACCUGUCAACUGGUGGCUGUGGACAAAGAUGCUCGUCGUCGGCGGUGCCAUUUGUGUCGGAGGUCCUGCUCUGACACGAUGGGUGCAACCCACAGAUGAGGAGCUCUUCCAGAGAUACAACCCCGAGCUCAAGAAGCGGAGCCUGGAACGGAGGGUCGAGCGGCAGCAGGAAUUCGAUGAUUUUGUUACGAAGCUUAAGGAGUACUCAAAGUCGGACAAGCCAAUAUGGAUCGUGCAAGCCGAGGCAGAGAAGGAGCGGGCGAAGCAGGCUUCCAUAGCUGAGUCGUUGAAGUUGGCAGAGGAGGUCAAGGCCAGGAGAGAAGCAAUCAGACGAGAGGCUGGGUUGCCAACAGAGUCAACUUCGUCCUCGGAUACUAGGUAGUCCGGUCGGAAAGAGAGAAGGGGACGGUUCGGCGAGUGCGAGUGUACGAUAUGUAUGUUCAUUUUUCGGGCAGUAAAACGGGGCAUCUCAGGGGCGAAAAGGGGAUCCUGAUGUGGUUCUCAGAGACCAAAGGGAGCGAACGAACAAAAUCAGGCAUUGCCAGGGCUGCACGGGGGCCAGCCUACUGUCUGGACGUCUGGUGCAAUUGGGAUUUGAGCAUUAGUACACAAAGAAAAGCAAAAUGUUAACCGUUGCUGUGC